AUGCGUCCACCCUGUGGAGCAUCCGGGGUACAGAUGCAGGGUCCUGCUAGGAACAUCUUGGAUAUAAUGAAACUGACACAACCUAACUUACAUUUUAUUUUAGGGUUCCUAUAUAUAGAUCCUUUUGAAAAAUAUAAACCACUGGUCCCUAAGAAGCAAACUCCUCCUGUGAGAAGCCCUCAAAAUACAGCUGCCUCUUCAAGGACCAUUAACCCCAAUUUCAAAGACCUUUUAAAACUGCUUGACUGGCCUGGACCCCCAACUCCUAUCAGACACUAUAGAUUUUCCACUAGUCCCACAAAAUGUAACUACUAUCUGCUGAAUCCACGGAAAGUAUAUAGAAUCGGGGAGAAGCUGGAAGUGAUCAUCAUAGCUCGGGACCACAAUGGUCAACCAAAGCAAUAUGGCGGAGAUUUCUUCCAGGCCAAGCUUCACUCACCAGCAAUUAAAGCUGGAGUGACCGGACAAGUGAAGGACUAUAGAAAUGGCAGCUACCUGGUCACGUUCCUUCUUCCAUGGGAGGGGAAAGCCCAAGUACAGAUCCGGCUCAUUCAUUCCAGUGAAGCUGUUGAUGUUCUGAAGAGGAAAAGAGAAGAUUAUCCAGAAAAGGUCUAUUUUAAAGGGUAUUUCCAGUUUAAUGGCACCAUUGAGGUGAUGGAGUGUAACUUUGAGGUGUCAGGAAAUAACAAGUGUACUUAUAAGGACCCUGUCAGCGGAGACACCUGGCAGUGUUUGCGACCACAAAAUCUGCCGUGCGACUCCCUGGUCUAUCAUUCCAUGGGUGGAUUCCGCAAUGUAACAAACCAAUUCGAGGACAUUCUACUGAGGGGAUCUAUCACCAACAAGAUUAUCCGUGGCUCAGUACCGCCAAUCAAUGUCAUAUCCAACAAAAACUCACUAGGACUCACCUCCAACCUCUCAGUCUGCAGACGUGGCCAAGAACCUCGGCAGCCUUCUGGGUUUUAUUAUGGUGAUCGUUGGACAUCACUUACAUGCUUGGGUCGCCAUUUUCCUCAACCUGCGGAUGCUCUCUCCUGCUUGAAAGGGAAAAACAUCUACAUGAUUGGUGACUCAACGCUACGCCAGUGGUAUGAAUACCUGGAGCAUUUUAUUUCCAGUCUCAAGAGUAUAGACUUGCAUGUUGACUACAAGUCAGGACCUUUGAUGGCUGUAGAUGCCAAUGCUGGUCUGGUUAUGCAAUGGCGUGCCCAUGGACGGCCCCUGAGAGGACGCAAGAUGAUGGUAGCUGACCUCCACUAUGAAGCAGCUGCCUUUGCUGGGAUUGGUGGAGGGCCUCACACUGUGAUCCUCCUAACUCUAUGGGCUCAUUUUACCACCUACCCUAUAAGGUUUUACUUAGAACGGCUGGAGAGAGUCCAUCAAGCAAUUUCAUCUCUGCUUUUUCGAAGCCCUGGGACGACAGUGAUCAUCAAAUCAGCCAACACAGGUUAUAAGUCAGUAUAUGGCAGUGACUGGUUGUCUCUUCAGCUGGACAUGUUACUGAGGGCAGCCUUCAAGGGAACAGGGGUCAUAAUCCUGGAUGCUUGGGACAUGACAUCCUGCCACUAUCUUCCUGACAAUAUCCACCCAGGACCUCCAGUCAUCAAGAACGAGGUGGACCUUAUGCUGUCUUAUAUAUGUCCAAAAUGAUCCAAGAACUAUCUGUAGUCAAAAAUUCUACAAUCCUAUG